UAAUAUUUCUAUAACACCAUGAAGAUCUUUAUUCUCUUCAUUAUCACAUUCGCAUGUGGUUUUUUUGGAAGUAUUGUUUCAAAUGGAAACCCUCUGCCGUAUGAAGCUAUCUUCAACUUUGGUGACUCUACAAGUGACACUGGAAAUGCUGCAACUGACUAUCCAACUAUGAAUAAAAAUGGUGCUUAUGGUUCCACGUACUUUAAACAUCCAUCAGGGCGUAUGUCAGAUGGACGAAUCAUCAUAGAUUUCAUAGCUGAGGCGUACGGGUUGCCAUUUUUGCCGGCCUAUAAGAAUAUCACCAAAAGCCAAGCAGAUAUAAAGAAGGGAGUAAAUUUUGCAUAUGCCGGUGCCACUGCACUUGAAUUCGAUUAUUUCAUACGUAAUGGUCUCCCACCACCAGCGACAACUAAUUCACUGAAAGUGCAACUUGAUUGGUUUAAGAUGCUCAAACCAUCCUUGUGUAAAAACAAAGAAGAGUGCGACAACUACUUUAAACAAUCGUUGUUUCUUGUUGGAGAGAUUGGUGGAAAUGAUAUUUUUUCUCAUAUGACAAAGAAAACUGUUACAGAACUGCAGGAAAUAGUUCCUUUACUGGUUGAAUCAAUUACAAAUACCGCUACAGCAUUAAUUGAAGAAGGAGCAGUAGAACUAGUAAUUCCAGGGAACUUUCCAUUGGGGUGUAAUGCUGGCGUAUUGAACUUUGUGAAUAGUAAGAAGAAAGAAGACUAUGAUGAAUUUGGCUUCUUGAUAGCUUACAAUACUUUCGCUGAAUACUAUAAUGAACAACUCAAAAAUUCCAUAGAGACAUUAAGACAGAAACACCCUCAAGCAAAGAUAAUAUACUUUGACUACUACGGCGCCACCAAACGUUUAUAUCAAGCUCCACAACAAUAUGGCUUUACUUCUGAUAAAGUUGAGAUUUUGAAAGCAUGUUGUGGAGGAGAUGGACCGUACCAUGUUAAUGCACUUAUGUUUUGUGGAAAUCCUGGUACAACAAUUUGCUCUGAUCCUUCAAAACUAAUAGAUUGGGAUGGAGCCCACUUAACCGAAGCAGCUUAUAAACUAAUAGCAAAAGGAUUAGUCGAAGGCCCUUUUACAAACCCUUCUCUUAAACCCGCUCCUUUCAAAAUAGCUUAGAACUUGCAAUACAAGCAUUGAGAAAUGAUUUCUUUGAUGAGUUAUGUACACAAUUAAAAUUUGUCAUUAAUAGGAGAAACAUAUAUGUAUGUUGUAAAAUGAAUAUUAGUUUCUUUUCAA